AUGAGAUCUUCUUCGUCUGACGAACUUACGUCUGGUGCUUCACUCCUCGGCGGCCGGCAAGAUAGCGAAAAUGGCGCCUCCGCUUCCGAGGAGCCAGCGCACCGAGCGCGAACGCGAAAACGCUUCACUUGCGAGCAAUUGUUCUGGUGCCCGGAAACAGGUUACCAACCUGGUGGACGAACAGCAAUCUUGUCUACGUAUACCUACGCUGCAGUCCAUGGUGCCACGGACCAAUUGUUGCCAGCAAGUUUCAAGUCGCUUGAGAUUGACCUGAGGCUCUCUCCAGUGGGCCUAGGGACAGCAUCGUCCUGCUCCCGUAUAGCGCACGCUAUCGCGUGCCCGUUAUGGGGUUUAGCAGUUGAUUGCUGCGGCCGUCGUCGGAUGUUUGCGUCGACCGCUCUCGGAUGGGGAUUGGCCAGUGCACUGUUUUUCUUUGUCUGGAUGCCAUGGCAAGUGAUGCCACUCAUGUGCUUCACUGGCCUUUUCAUGGCAGCCAUGGGGCCUCUGUCUCAGAAGGUUUUGUCUGAAGAGGUUCCCGCAGAAAGUCGCGGAACGAGUUUCGGGACGAUGCACUUCUUCCAGUCCUUGGGCCGGAUAAUAUCUUUGCAAGCCGCAACUUCUGUCUCCGGGUUGCUUAUUCUUGGCGCCGAAGGGUGGAGAUACGCCUUCGCCGCGUGUGGAUUGGUAUCAAUGCUGAUGGCUAUCUUCCUGGGCCUGCGAGUGCCGGAUUCCGCAGAACAGAAGGAACUCCAAAAGUCUACUGGGGUGAAGUGGUUUUCUCCCAAGGAACUUUUGUACGUGUUGUGGAACGGAAGCUUCUGGUCAAUGCUCCUGGUGGGGAUACUAAACGGCAUACCUCGGUCUGCUCUAAAUUUCUGUACAAUGUGGUUCCAAUACUGCGGCAUCACGAACUGGUGGUCUUCGUUCAUUGUAUCCGCCAGCUGGAUUGCAGCGAUGUUUGUCGCCCCUUUUGUGGGGUGCUUGGGAGAUUAUGCGUCGCGUCUUUCUCGUGACCAUGGUCGACCACUGGUGGCGCAAAUCUCCCUUCUUCUUCGCUCCGGGCUCAUGGCCAUCUUGUUGACUUGCAUCCCGCUACAACCAUCGUCGUUCUGGAUUUUUCUAGUACUAUCAGUCCUCAUAGGCUUCCUCGCAGGCUGGCCCGGGGUUGGAGUAAACAGACCGAUAUUGUCGGAAAUAGUGAAGCCCCAGCACCGAGCGACGGUUUUUGCGUUGGUGUCGACGUGCGAAGGAAUUGGAGCUGCACUUCUCGGAGCACCACUGGUGGGUUUUCUGAGCCAGACGGUCUUCGGAUACAUCAAUGUGGGCCACUCGCACAAGCUCCUUGAGUUGUCGGAACUUCAGCGACAGGGCAACGCUAGGGCCUUGUCGAGGGCAAUGCUCUGCAUGACCGUCGGGCCUUGGAUUGCGAAUGUGCUGGUCUAUUGCAUUCUUCACAAGACCUACCGAAACGAUCGACAGCUGCAAAGUAGCUCCGGAGGUGAGUCGUUCUCCAUCGGAAGCGGAAAACCGGACUGA